AUCAUUUCUUUAAUCCAAACUAUUAAAAUUACGUAGCAUUGAGUCAAAAUUAACUCAACUAAUCCAUCGUCGUCGCUUUAUUUAGGCAUCCGACAUCGCCACCGCCUACUACACUUUCUUUCGCCUUUCGAUGUUAUGCUAAUUGCUAAAACCCUGACGAUGGCGAAACAUCUAGUCCCCUACGGUUGCAUCCUCCUCAUCACCACCGCCCUCGCUCUUUCUCCCCCAUCCACCGCCGUUGAUCCUUCUGAAGUUGGUUCUGCGGCUCGAUAUGAUUCCCCUUACACGCCCAAUGCGUGCCGAUAUGAUGAAGAGCGUCUACCCUCUGGUGGGCUAUUUGGGGCCAUUGAUCAAGUGUUAUGGAACAAGGGGAGCCAGUGUGGUACCAUCUACCAGGUAAGAUGUAUCAGUGAGGCUGGUGCUUGCCUUUAUGGUACAAGUAUAAAUAUCACCAUAGUUGAUCUUCUCCAAAAAACAGUAUCAGAGCCUUCCAACUAUGACGUUCUCUUUGCUCUCUCCUCAAAAGCGUAUGGCCUUAUCGCGGACCCGGCCAAAGAUUCAAUCAAAAUCCAAUUCCAGCGCCUUUGAGGCGCGUGGCAGCUCUGUUCCGGUCACGCUGCUGUUUUCCGGCAUCAGUUUCCCCAUCGGGCCCUGGAACACAGAAGAUCCGGGAAAGGCCGUUAGCGGGGCAGAGGAGAGAUUAGCCGGAAAACAGACCAGAGAAAAUUGGGGUCCCUGUCUGCUUAAUUUUCUUCUGUAGAAUGUUAGAUCUGGGAAAUUAGAAUCCGGGAAAUGGGUUGUGUGCAUCUGUAGAGGAAGAUCGGGAUCUAAGCGUAUGUAGGAGGGUGCGUGGAAGGCUGGGGUUUUAGCCUUUGGGGAGGUAAAGCGGCAGGAUCUGGCUCUGAUUUGGGGGUUUCUGAAGAUUUUAAGAUGAAUUUGGGAGAUCCUGGUUUGGUAGUGGUGGCUGAGUGGCUCGCGUUCGUGGUGGCUAUGGAUCCUUCAGUGGAGACGGUGGUUCCGGGCGGUUUGGUGGCGGCGCCGUGAUUCCCUGUGCGGAAUCCUUAUUUUCCGAGAAUAGAUAGCCCUGGCCAAAAUUGGUACAAGAUACAGACAAUAUGGGGAUGUGAUUCUGUCAAAUGAUAAUGAUUUUUUAUUUUUAUUUUUAUUUUUAUUUUUCCUUUUUUGAGAAAUUUCAGGAGAUAAUGUUUUGAUUGAAUGGGGAUGGGUGGUGUUAUUGCCACGGCCAUUAAUGUUAAUGCCACAGCUUUUUUUAGUUAUUUGACUAUUAUACCCCUCAUUUUGAAUCCAACUUGCAGCAGUCAUCACUUUCUCCGCGUGGAUUAAUGGUCAAUUAAUUAAAAAAGCUGUGGUAUUAACCUUUAAAGCUGUGGCAAUAACACCACCCAUGGGGAUUGGUCUAGGCAGUCUAAAAUAUCUAGUCCCAAACUAGUUGAGUCCUCCACUUGUUGCUGGGUAAAUGUAAUUGCAAAUGAGCCACGGCGUCUUCUUUACUCUAGAUAUUUUCUUUGAAUAGAUCUGGAAAGAUGGG